AUGUCAAAACGCGGCGCGUCUCCCCCGCCCGGUGGCGCACUCAUAAAGCGCGCUCGCUCUGGGUCUCCCGCUCCCAAUACCCAAAUUGCCAUCUCUUCCGGAAACAACGAGAGGGAGCAAGGCCUCAUACGCACUAUCAAGCGCACCAGCAGUUUAGAGGCUCCCAUUAUUAGCCUCUCAGGCUCGCAUGGUGCAGAAAUCAUGAGCUGUAGGUUCGAUCCUACUGGCCAAAAUAUCGCUGCAUGUUCAGCAGACAGAAGCGUCUCACUAUGGCGCACCUACUCUCCGAACACGAACUACGGCCUGAUCGCCAACCUCCACAAAGCCCCCAUUCUUGACCUCCAAUGGUCGCUCGCCUCCCAGGUUCUAUAUACGGUCUCCGCCGACCACACGCUCAGCGUUACGGACCUCACGACUGGCCAGCGUGUGCGUAAACUCCACGCGCACCGCGGAAUUAUUAAUUCCCUCGAUAGGACUCUCGCAGGAGGGGCUGGCGUCGAGCUUGUCGUGACCGGCGCUGAUGACGGUACCGUGCGAGUCUGGGAGGGAGGCGACGAGGGACCGAAAACACCUGUGAGCGUAUUUGAGUUGGGCUGUCCAGUUACGUCCGUAUGCUGGAGCGCGGAUGGCUCGAGUAUAUAUGCUGGUGCACUGGACAAUGAGAUUCACGUGCUCGACUUCCGCAAGAACGAGGAAGUAUACACGCUCAUGGGCCACACCGACACCCCCACAUCCCUCUCCCUCUCGCCAAACGGCAACUUCCUCCUCUCCCCGUCCUUUUCCUCGCAGACAAUCAUCCACGAUGUGCGGCCAUUCUCGCCUUCGCCGAACCGGAUACACCGUGUUUUGAUGGGCGCGCCUGCCGGCUUCGAGCACACGCUUUUGCGCGGGGCCUGGAGCAAAGACGACGACGGGCGGCGAGUCGGUGUGGGCGGUGCCGACCGCACCGUUUGUAUAUGGGAGGUUGAGAGCGGGAAGGUGCUGUACAAGCUGCCCGGUCACAAGGGCACAGUGACUGCAGUCGACUUCCAUCCCAAGGAGCCCAUUGUUGUGACGGGUAGCAAGGACGCGACGAUGCUCCUUGGAGAGAUUGAGCCUACUAUCGGCGCGUAGUGUUUGUAAAUAUCUUGUGCGGUGUAUGUUUUAUCGGCGUGCUCUCCGAUCAUCUGGCGUGGUUGAGCUCUCCCUGUGGCGUGCAGAUUUAUCCUAAA